AUAUAAGUAAUCAUUUCUAAAUCGUUUCGUAAUAUUUUUCUUUUAGUAUGAAGAUAUCAAGUUCUAAACUUCAGUCGUUGCUAAUAAAAGUAGAGAGUAUAAAGGGGAUAGGAGGUAUUGGGAAGACUGCUGUCGCCCAGCUGGUCUACAAUGAUGAAAAUGUCAAACAACAUUUCACUUGUAGAGUCUGGACAUAUGUUUCAGACAUUUUUGAUGAGAGCAAAGUUGCAAAAUCAAUCAUUGUUGGGCUUCAGGGCCUAGAUAAACAAGCAAACCUCAAGUUGGAGUCAGUUCCAUUAGAUGCUCUCUUAGAUGAAAUUCGCAAGUCCAUAAAGGGAAAGAAGUACCUUCUUGUUCUAGAUGAUGUAUGGACAGAAAAAGAUAAAGACUUUGAAGGACUGAAUGCUGCUUUUAAAUGUGGUGCGCCAGGAAGUAGGAUUUUGGCGACUACACGUAAGACUACUGUUGCAACAAUUAUGGGAAGUUCCCACGCCAUUCAGUUAAAUAAUUUGAGCCAAGAGAUAUGUUGGUCUAUCAUUAGGAACGUAGCACUAAGAGAGAAGGACCAAAGGACUUGUGAGGAGUUCAAGCCAGUCGGGUUGAAAAUUGCCGAAAAGUGCAAAGGUCUGCCGCUUGUGGCAAAGACUUUGGGAGGCCUCUUGCGGUUUAAAACUGGCAUACAAGGGUGGGAGAAUGUUCUGAAUAGUGAGUUGUGGAGACUGGAAAUGGUACAUAAAGAUGUUUUUGUUCCUCUGUUGUUGAGUUAUUAUGAUCUGCCCUCACCAGUAAGACGGUGCUUUACAUAUUUAGCUUGUGCUCGUAAAGACACGCCUUUUGAUGUUUCUGAUGUGAUUUCACACUGGAUGGCACACGGUUACGUAGGCUUGGAUGAUGAUGAUUCACCAUUAGAACUAAAAGGCUUUGAGUACUUUAAAUGCUUAGAGGCUCGCUGUUUCUUCCAAGGUUUUGAGUAUGGAAAUAAAUGUCUUGCAUGUAAGAUACAUGAUUUGGUGCAUGACUUUGCUCUCUUUUUGACAAGGGGUGAGUUUAUGGUAUUGGAGGUCUCCAAAGGUAAUACAAGUUCAACAAUGAACGGAGAAAGAACGCUUCGACAUUUGAUUGUGAUAAUAGAAAAGGGUCUCCAUUUUCCUGAAUUCAUUCCUAAUGCAGAAAAAUUGCGCAGUGUUGUGGCUCAUGGUAAUAAUAUUCGUGAUGAUUGUGCUGUAAUCAGUGAAAAGGCCAUGUGUAAUUUGUUUAAUCAAGCUAGACGCUUAAGGGCAGUGGUUAUGCAAUCUUAAAAAGUUGCCAAAAGCACUCUUCAGAUUGCACAAUUUGCAACAUUUAUUUUUGUAUCACUGUUAUAAGCUUGAAAGACUGCCCGGUGAGAUAGGAAAUUCAGUCAACUUGAAGCUUCUUGAAACCAGAGGUUGCAACAAAUUAGCUUGCUACCC